UGACUCGCUAGCACCCAGGUCUUGGAUAACCCGUCUCUGUAAAGUCGACACGUCAUGGCAACAUGGCACCCCCCACACAGCACGCCUGAAAACAAACACAAUCGCCUGCAAUAUCUUUUUCUUGCUCAACACAUGCCAUCACCAAACCAAACCAAUCCCCCUUCCGCACCACCCUUGCCAACGCCUCAACACGCACUCAUCCGCACUCACCCGCCGACUAAAUCACUCAAACUCGUUCAACUCGUUCAACUCUCUAAAACUUACCCUUCACCUUCACCGGUCGAUAAUUUACUUUUGCCAAACAGCCACAUCUGCAGCCACAAGCACUUUUCUACUGUCAGCGGAGCCGAGCUAAGGGAACGUGCGUGACUCACUGCACGAGCGCUGGAUGCCUGAGGCUCCGAAGUAUGCUUCCUCUCUUGUUCCGGUCUGGAAGUGAAGCGUGGGCGCUGAAGGUAUCCG